CAGAACGCGUCAAAACCGCCUUGCCCGCCUUCUGUUGGUGUUUCAUAUUUCCUUUGAGUAAAGCCAUGUCUCGCGUACGGAGCAUUGUGUGGCCGCAAGUCGUAUUAUUCGGGGACUCAAUAACCCAGUCUUCUUUUGACUCAAAUGGAUGGGGAGCUGUAAUUGCUAGCAAGCUGGUAAGGAAAUGUGAUGUAAUAAAUCGGGGAUUGUCUGGUUAUAAUAGCAGAUGGGCACGGAUUAUUCUUCCUCAAAUUGUCAACGAUAGCCUCAAUUCAAAGAAUGUUGCAGCAGUGACAAUCUUCUUCGGAGCAAAUGAUUGCGCACUUAAAGAUAAAAACCCCCAGCAGCAUGUUCCUUUGGAAGAGUAUGCUGAGAACCUUAAAGCAAUGAUUGAAUAUCUGAAAACUGUUGACAUCUCAAAGGACAGACUUAUUCUUAUAACACCACCACCUCUUGAUGAAGCUGCAUGGACGAAAGAGUGCACUGUUAAAGGGUGUGUUUUAAAUCGACUCAAUGCAGUGGUUGGACAGUAUGCUCAGGCCUGUGUCCAGGUAGCAUCUGAAUGUAAAGUUGAAGUUCUAGAUCUUUGGACAUUGAUGCAACAAAAUGACCAGGACUUCUCAACGUAUUUGUCGGAUGGACUUCAUUUAUCUGCCAAAGGAAAUGAAUUUGUUGCACUUCAUCUUUUUCGUCUAAUAGAAAAAAGAGUAGCUGCCCUCCCUUACAUUCUACCUUACUGGGCUGAUGUUGAUCCCCUAAAUCCAGAAACCACCCUGCUGGAGUCUGUCAACCAGUAAAAAAUCAAUAAUCCAGAUUUUGUAAUGAAUUUGGGUCUAUAUGUACAGUAUUUCCUUUAACAAUUUAGUUGUCUAAUAGCACUGGACAAUACACUUGCAAAUGUCUCAUAAUGUCUGCACAGAAUGUUAAGACACAAUUUCAUUUUUUUUUUCUUCCUGGUGAGCAAUACUAAAAUAUAAUUUCUAAUAUUUUAAAAAGACUGAAUAAUGCAUAUCAAAGACACUGUAAAUGCACUGAAUUUUAAUUUUUAAUAUUUGAAAUGAUUAAUAGUUUCUGAGAAUUCAUACAAAAUUCAUUAAAUCCUCUAGUACAAAGUACAGUGUGCAGUUUGCUUCUUUCAAACGGUCAUCACAAUGUCCUCAUUUUCUAUAAUAAGAAAUGAAUAGUUGUGCUUGUUUGAUCUUAGAGGUUAAUAUGAUGAAUUGCCUUUUCUUUGUUAACAAGCUGUCAAUGCAGAUGAUGUUGUACAGUAGAUCUGUCUAAUGGUGUCAUUUUUCUGUGUUUGUCUAAGAAUGCUUACAGGGUCUCCUAUUAUUAGUUUGCAGAGCGGCAUUUCCAAGUAAUGUAAAGCCUGCUGCUGUUACCUUAUUUUUUUAUUUAACAUUUUUUCAUGCUGGUUAUAUUUUAAGAUUCACGUUUAAAAGGAAAUGCCAAGAAACCUAUACAUUGUACCCUUAAAUUAAUUCAUUAAAAUGGCUUUGUGUUGAUAGACCCUUAUAAUAUAGUGCACACAUCUGUGCCAGACGAAAGUGUCUGUUUACAGAGAGUUACCUGUGUAAUGCACAGAUGGAAAUGUGGAACAGGUUGAAGUGUGCAAAUUCUUUCCUGUCAUCACUGUCCAUGUUAAUGCAAAUAGCACAAUUACUGGAUGUGUAGACUGCCAUUUGUGUAGUAGUGUUGAAGAGCUAGCUCAAAUACUUCAUAGUGAAUUGACGUUUUGGGUAGUAACAAUAUACAGUGGGUGUAGAAAAGAAUCGCCCCUUUUUUUACAGCCUUAAAUGAAAACACACAGAUAAAAUGUUUCAUCUCAGAUUGACUUACUCUGAACUGUAGCUGUGAUGCCUUUCACUUGGAUGUUAUAGAUUGCAUUGAGUAAGUAAGAAGAAAACUAAUGUAGCUAAGGUAACAAUGAGGCAUUUUACAGGCAUAUUGCUGUAGGUAUCUAUGAGCCCCAGCAGUGUUUCUUGACACAUAUCUGCUGA